GAAAGAGCUCAGCAUUAGUAUCAAACAUUUUCUUUUUCUUUGUUGUUGUGGUUCGCUUACAAAAAAGAAAAGAAAAUAUUGCACAACAAAGCAGAAGCGUAUAGAUUAUUAUUACUGAGGAAUCACUCAAUAAUCUUAAUCAGAAUCAGAAUGGCUUCUUCUAUUUUCACUCAUUGCCAUUCUUCUCCUUCUUCCACUACCGCUUUCUUCCUCCGCCGCCGUCACCCCGUUCAUGUGGGUCCCACCUCUCUCCGCUUUUUUUCCAUUCCCUCCUCUCCCCCUUCAUCCCAUCUUCUCUCCCUUGCUGCUAGUGCUACUGAGGCUUCUGCUAAGGUGAUUGAUGGAAAAUCAGUGGCAAAGCAAAUCAGAGAAGAAAUAGCUGCUGAAGUCUCCAGGAUGAGAGAAGCCGUGGGUGUGAUUCCAGGAUUAGCUGUGAUCCUUGUUGGAGAUAGAAAGGACUCUGCAACUUACGUGCGUAACAAGAAGAAGGCUUGUGAAUCUGUUGGGAUAAAUUCUUUGGAAGUAAAUUUGCCCGAGGAUUCCACAGAAGAAGAAGUUUUGAACUAUAUUUCAAGCUACAACGACGAUCCUUUGGUUCAUGGGAUUCUUGUUCAGCUACCUUUACCAUCUCAUAUGAAUGAACAAAAUGUCUUGAAUGCUGUAACAAUCGAGAAGGAUGUAGACGGUUUUCAUCCAUUGAAUAUUGGUCGACUUGCCAUGCGAGGUAGAGAACCCCUGUUUGUUCCUUGUACACCAAAGGGAUGCAUAGAACUACUCCGCAGAUAUGGUGUUUCAAUUAAAGGAAAGAGGGCGGUUGUGAUCGGUCGGAGUAAUAUUGUUGGAACGCCAGCUGCUCUUUUGCUCCAAAGGGAAGAUGCUACUGUCAGUGUUGUCCAUUCAAGAACUAGUAAUCCUGAAGAGAUCAUAAGACAGGCAGAUAUCAUCAUCUCUGCUGUUGGCCAACCAAACAUGGUUAGGGGAAGCUGGAUAAAACCCGGUGCAGUCAUUAUCGAUGUCGGAAUCAACCCGGUAGAUGAUCCAAGUAGCUCUCGAGGCUAUAAGUUGGUCGGAGAUGUUUGUUAUGAAGAAGCCAUAAAAGUUGCCUCUGCUGUUACACCUGUUCCCGGAGGAGUUGGUCCAAUGACUAUUGCAAUGCUUCUACAAAAUACACUCAACUCGGCAAAGAGAAUUCACAGUUUUGAAUAAUCUAAAUAGAAGGAUAUAUCAUUAUGAGCUAUCAAAUUUUGUUUAGGGAGUCUUGGAUUUUGCCUUUAUGAUUUUAUUCUACUUCGAUAAAAAGUGGGAGGAGGAAGGAUUUUACCAUUUCCCUCUAGGUUCAUUUGUCAGUAAAAAAAGGACAAUAUUUCAUGAGGUGAUGGUAUAAAACAUCCCCUCCAUGUGUACUUUUAGAGUACACAACCCAUUAUUAUUUAGGUAUAAUUAGAGUAUUAGGUUUAAUUUAAUGAAAAACUUAAACUCCAAUGAAUCUUAUUGAUCUUGUUACUUUGUUUUGUAAUGUAUUUCAGUUCAAGUAUGUCAAAGUGUAGGUCUUGCUCAUUUUGAUUUUUCCAUGGUCUUGGGCUAUAUAUAUGAAAAAAAAACAUAAGUGUGUGUUCAACCA